AUGGCGGCCAGCAGUAAAGAAGAAAGUUUGGCGAAUCUAUUCGAAUUACAAGACAAAGAGAGACUAGAGUGCGACCUCUAUGUUUCAGGUGGAACUAGGUACAAGGGAAGAGAGAGUAAUGCUCUUUUGGUGUUAAACAAAUUCAGAUUGGAAGGAGAAGCGGGUUUUUGCGAUCUGAUCUUGGAGGUGGAAGGUCGACAGUUGGCAACUCAUCGCUGCGUUUUGGCAGCAAACAGUCAAUUCUUUUACACCAUGUUCAGUAGUGGAAUGAAAGAAUCGAAUCAAACACUUUUGAGCCUGAAGUUGGUUUCAUUUCAAUCCAUGUCACUUAUCUUGGAUUAUUUCUAUACGCGAGAAAUUGUCAUAAAUGACGAAAAUGUGCACGACUUACUCAAUGAUUCAAGCUUCUUACUUGUGACGCCCGUGAAGAACGCUUGUAUAGAGGUUCUAUCCAGAAGGCUGGGCAGUGAUAAUUGCUUUAGUAUUAUGCAGAUAGCCGAGCAGUUUGGCGCUGGCGAGCUGGCAAAAAGGGUGAAGGAUUUCAUUAAAGAUAACUUUUCCAUUGUGGCGAACAAUGAAGAAUUUGUCUCCAUUUCGCAGGAGAAAUUAGUGCACUUCAUAUCCAGUGAUGAUAUACAGGUAGAAAAGGGGGAGGAAGUCUACCAGUGUGUGUUGAAAUGGGUUAAACAUGAGGCAAGCCGUUUGGCUGUUUUACCUGAGCUACUGAAACACCUACAACAAGGCUCACUGCCAAAAGGAUUCCUUGAAUCAGAGCUGACCAAAGAACCACAACUGGUGGUGGCAGAUAGUCAUGUUGUUCUUCCCUCUAAGAAAGCUAAGAAAACUAAGGGGACCAAAAGAUCCAAAAAGUCAAAGAGUGCACAAUCAGUGGUGGAGCAGCAAUUGAGACCAUCCACAGAGAUACAUGACAUCAUAAUUGGAAUUGGCACAGUAACUUGCUGUAAUGUAGUUUGCUAUGACAUGAGCAAGAAUGAAAUUCUGAAUCUAGGAGACUUUUCAGAAUGCAAUUAUGACCCACAAGUAGCUGUAAUUGGAUGGACAGUGUAUUUAGUUGGAGGACGACAAUGUAACAAUGAAGGUGUAAAAAGGGUGAGUGCAUUAUGUUUUGAUGAUGCAAAGAAACUGACAUCUUCAGCUGGUAUAAAGAUUGCACCUGAGUGGAAAGAAAAAGAACCUUGUGAAGAAGCGAGAUUGCAGGCAUCUCUUGUGGGUCUUCAUGGGCUAUUGUAUUAUAUUGGUGGGUGGAAUUUACCACGUGGGUGUACCAACACAGUGGAAUGUUAUGAUCCUGAACUGGAUGAGUGGAAUUUCUGUGCAGGACUUAACAAAGCUAGAUGCCAUUCAGGCUGUGUCGCAACUGAAAAGCACAUUUUCAUCAUUGGUGGAGGAACAACUUUCAGGCCACAAAGAGCUUCAGUGCUGUCAGUUGUAGCUUGA